ACUUGAGAGCCCUGAGUUUAUCCACACGUGUCCUGUGUAAUGACUGUGAUUAGAGCCGCUGAACAGUGAGUAAAUCCUCUCGAUCUGGCAACCUGCGUCUCUACUCUGAGGGGAAAAUGGCGUCUCCGCUGAGUUAUCGGUUUGCGAGGCUGUGUCGGAAUAUCGGUGUGUUUCCGCGGACUGCGGUGUGUGAGAGCUCAGGAACAGUGCGGACACAGUACCGGACAGCUGUGUGCACCUCCAGCGGCGCCAUUCUGCCCAAACCCAAGAAGACGGUGUUUGGUAUGUUAAGGAUCAUUGUGGUUGUGGUCCCCUUCCUCUACAUCGGUACUCAGAUCAGUAAAAACUUUGCUGCUUUGCUGGAGGAGCAUGACAUCUUCGUCCCUGAGGAUGAUGAUGAUGAUGAUUAAACACACACAGAUGUGUGAGCCUGCGGUACUGUUCCUGGACGUGGGAGAACAUUUCAGAUUCCAUGUCACGUCCUGAUCAUCUCAAACACUGUAGUGUGUGUGUGUUUACAGAGCUGUGUGUGUGUGUGUGUGUGUGUGUGUGUGUGUGU